CACUGAGCCAAAACGCCACUAAGUCGCCCAAUCGCGAGCUAAUGGCCGAGUCGGAGCUGCUGGGGCUCGCGGGGCUCCGCUCCGUGGCCGUGCAGUCUACUCACAUCCAGCGUGUGCAGCUCUUAACCUCCUCUCCGUCCUCUUCGAAGGCUCGCACUCCAGAGCCGAGUCUACGACAGCGGCUGCAACGUCAAUGUCGAUCGAACGCGUGGCUCUUAUUGACGCUGGGCUUUAUCUGCUGCUGGGCCACUACUAAUGCUGCCACGUCCAAGAGCAAAACUGACAAUGCAGUGGCAACUUCAAACGAUCUGUACAUCGUCUUAGUGAGCAUCCCCGUGCUGGACAAGGUGCUGCCACUCAAGCAUUUAGCCGAGACUCUGCUAUCCCGUGGUGUGCGCGUAGGAUUCGCAUUGCCCGAGAAUUGUCGCCAAUGGAUGAGCGAUCUGGAAGGACUCGAGUUUAUUUCACUGGGGAAUAUUGUAGGUAAAGGACGAGCAACAGCGCUAGAUCCAAGCGAGCUCCACAAUCUCGGAGUCUAUGAAAGUUACGCCAAUACUUUACGCUAUUAUGCAUCAUUCCAACGUCCGAUGUUCGGAGCGUUGCUGGAAGAUCUCGAAGACGACCGCCCGGACUUGGUCGUGGUGGAUCGAUACACUUUUGCAGGCUUUGAUGCCUGCCAUCGACUGCAAUUGCCCUACGUGGUGAAUGACCCGCACUUGUUGUUUGACAUCGACUCACCCCCGGCAUACAUUCCCGCCCCUUUCUCCAAUUUUACCAUGCACACGACGAGCGUGUUGGAGCGAUGUCUGAAUAGCUACUACCGUCUGCGCUUCCGACUGGGAUUAGUGCAUGUGUAUAAUGAAAUUAACGCCGUGCGGCAAGAAUACGGACUCAAAGCCAUCGAUAGCAAGCACCAAAUGCACGGCCACUCGCUUGUACUAGUGAACUCGGUCUUCGGUUUGGAUGAAGCGCGUCCUAUGGCGCCUCAAUUCAAAAUGGUUGGUCUAUUGCAGUCACAGAAGCUGCAGCGUGAGCGUGAAGAAGCCACUGGACGUAGCAGAUUCCCAGCGGCGCUGACCACGUGGUUGGAGGCUCCAGAUCAUCAAGACAAGCCGCUGAUAUUUAUCAGCUUCCAAACGGACGUGCCUUUGACCCCAGAGUUCAUCACGACUACCAUGAACGCCUUGGAGACUGUAAAUGCCCGACUCUUAUGGAAAAUCACACUACAAGAGCAAGCAGCGUUUGAUCUGCGCUCACGUCCUCGAGGCUCCGUAAUGUUCCUCGGAGACGGCUUGGAUGAUGCUACGGUGCUGGCGUUAGCGCCCGAGAUAGAGUUGCUGGUUACCGCAGGAGAUUUCCCGAGUAUGCAAGAGGCUCUUGUUGUCGGAGUACCCAUUCUAGGUCUACCACACUCAGCUGAACAAGUGGAAGGCGUGGACGCAGUAGUGCGAGCGGGUGCCGGUCUACGACUGGAUGGGAAAUCAUUCUCCGAGAGUAGUCUACGCGACGCAGUGGAUAGGAUGUUGGUGGACGAGCACGAACACUUUAAAGCCAACGCUGAGCAUCUCGGAGAGCUUCUGAAGACUGGUGGAGGCGUAGAACGAGCAGUGGACGAACUGUUGGCUGUUGCUGAAUUUGGAGCUCGUCACUUGUUACCGAUGCGUAACUUGCAGCCGCUGUACAAGACGUACCUUGUGGACGUGUACUUGAUCUACGGGGCGAUUCUCUGCGGCGCAGCCAUCAUCCUGCGCACGUUCGUGUCGGUCGUGCUGUCCAUUUUCCAGCCUUUGACUCCGCUCGAGGUGCUUGAAGCAGAGGAGCUUGCAGCGAACGGCCAGAUGAGCCGCGCCGACGAAGUGGGCCAUAAAGCGGUCCAAUAAACAAACAACAGCGCACCUGUAUCACACCAUGAACAGGUGCAGCGCCCCCAAUCGAUAGUUGUAGCCAUCGUUCCUUGUGUACUUCUUACCGCAGGCUUCAACUACGACGAGACUGGACAGGUACGUUGUGGUAUUCUCAUCCGUGUUCUCUCUGCACAGGUGAGAUACAGCUUGACAACUUGCUGGAAGUCUAGUGCCGCAACCACAAAGGCGAGAAUGCAGCAUACGUCGAGGAGCACUCUGACAUCCCAGCCGGAUGAACGUCAUUGUCCGUGG